AUACCCCGUACCUACCUCCACGGUUCACAUGCAACAGGGAUACAACAACGGUAUAGAUUGAUGCAAAGAAUUGAAAUAAAUAAAUAAAGGUCUCUCUCUCUCUCUCUGUGGUGUGUGUCCACAGUCCACAGCCCACAGCUCUGUUCCUCUAAUGGCUCUUGCCUCUGUUUCUCCUUCACCUCGAUACGUUGUUGGAUGCUGUUUAUUGAGUCUAUACUUGAUUCUGAUUCAAUCUCACGUAGCUACGUCGGCUCUACUGGUUGGUUUGAAGAAGCACCACAAGAAUAACAACCAGAACGGCAGACCAUAUAUCCAAUCCAACGAAACCGCCUGUAACCUGUUCGUUGGCAGUUGGAUUCGCGAUAAUACAUACCCGAUAUACCAGUCCUCCAACUGUCCCAUCAUCGACCCUGAAUUCAACUGUCAAAUGUACGGUCGACCGGACACCGAUUACCAGAAGUAUCGUUGGAAGCCUCUCGACUGUGAGCUCCCCAGGUUCAAUGGGCUUGAUUUUCUGGUGAGGAUGAGAGGGAAGACGGUGUUGUUCGUGGGGGAUUCGCUGGGGCGGAACCAAUGGCAGUCUCUGAUUUGUAUGAUAUCCACGGCGGUUCCACGGUCGCCGACCCAAUUGGUGAAAGGAGAUCCUCUGUCCACAUUCAAGUUUUUGGAAUACGGAGUGUCUGUAUCGUUCUACAGAGCUCCAUAUCUGGUGGACAUAGACGCGGUGCAGGGGAGGAGAAUUCUGAAACUGGAGGACAUUUCCGGUAAUGGGUACGCCUGGAGUGGUGCCGACGUUUUGUCUUUUAAUUCCGGACACUGGUGGACUCACAAGGGAGCUCUUCAAGGAUGGGAUUACAUGGAAUCAGGAGGAUUACUGUAUCAAGACAUGGAUCGUUUGGUUGCAUUCAAGAGAGGAAUGAGAACGUGGGCUAAGUGGGUUGACUCAAAUGUCGACAGAACCAAAACCAGGGUUUUCUUCCAAGCUAUCUCACCUACACACUACAACCCUGCAGAAUGGAAUUCAGCCGCUUCGGUGUCGAAGAAUUGUUACGGGGAGACAGCGCCUCUUAGUGGAGCAAUCUACCCAGGAGCCUACCCAGAUCAGACGAGGGUAGUCCAGGCCGUGUUGAGAGACACGAGCACCCCCGCCUAUCUGCUCGACAUUACGACCUUGUCGGAGCUCAGGAAAGACGGUCACCCUUCCAUCUACAGCGGGGACUUCAGCCCCGAACAGAGGGCAAACCCCGAUCGAUCUGCCGACUGUAGCCAUUGGUGCCUCCCAGGCCUACCCGAUACAUGGAAUCAACUAUUCUACACUGCAUUGUUCUUCUAAUUAGUCGAACUAUACAUGUAGAAUUUUGUCAUUCACUUUGAUUGGCGUUAAAAGCUUUGUCAUAAGAUGAUUGAUUCCUCUCUCAAGAAUUAAAAACCACAUUCUCGCUAA